CCAAGGAAUCCAACGGCUCCCACCCCACACGGCCACACCGCGUCUUUCCCCGAGCUCCAGGUCCUCUCCGCCGUCUCGCCGAACCGGGGCAGCGCGGAGAUGUCGUACCUGCUGCCGCACCUGCACUCCGGGUGGGCGGUGGACCAGGCCAUCCUCGCCGAGGAGGAGCGCCUCGUCAUCAUCCGCUUCGGCCACGACUGGGACGAGACGUGCAUGCAGAUGGAUGAAGUGCUGGCCGCAGUUGCAGAGACUAUAAAGAACUUUGCAGUUAUCUACCUCGUUGACAUCACGGAGGUUCCUGACUUCAACACGAUGUACGAGCUGUAUGAUCCGUCGACCGUGAUGUUCUUCUUCCGGAACAAGCACAUCAUGAUUGAUCUCGGGACAGGAAACAACAACAAGAUCAACUGGGCCUUGAAGGACAAGCAGGAGUUCAUCGACAUUGUGGAGACUGUGUACAGGGGUGCCCGGAAGGGCCGCGGUCUGGUGAUUGCUCCAAAAGACUACUCCACCAAGUACCGUUACUAAGCCAUUUGUACCGGGUAUUGUUGUGCAGGUUCGGGUCUGCCAUGUUGGGGAAAUGCCAACUCUCAGACAUGUAACGCAUAACUCAAUGGUUGUUUACUUGUUGAGUGUUGCUUAAUUUUGUUGACAAUCAAAUAAGAUUGUAAUCUGAUUGAUCGUUAAAGCUGAAUAUGUGGUCUAUUGGUAAGGCUCUGGAACCUAGCAGGGUUUUGCCGUUGUGUUCUGUUUCUUCAGCCUGC